UGGUCAAGCCAAACCAUUAGGUGGUGGGUUUCCUUCGAGACUCUCCACUCCAAGGCCAUCGCUGCUGCGAGCCCCCUCCUCCUAUUUCCUUCGAGGCAUUCAUUCUCUCUCGGACAUUCCGUCGAGCACCUGGUCGGCAGCUCUGUUUUCGUGCUGUGUUUCCGGCCCUUGCGGUGGUUUUUUUAUUCUUUAUUGUGGUUGUCGGUGGGAUUCGUAGGAUUGGUUCCGGUUCUCCGUCCGCGCGUCUUCGGCGAGGGAGAUGGGCUCGCUGGAUCGAUCUAAGAAGAGGAUCCAGCUUUGGAAGAAGGCGCUCGUCCACUUCGCGCUCUGCUUCGUCAUCGGAUUCUUCACUGGCUUCGCGCCGCCGAGCGCAGCUAAUCUCUUCUCCAUCGGCGCCGCCGAGCGACCGCCCGUCGUCGUCGUCGUCCCGGCCGCUCCCUUGGAGGCCGCGGGGCAGGUUGUCGAGCCUGCCGGGUCGACCGGCAACAGGUCCCUCUCUGAGAUCUCCAGAUCUGUGCCUGUUCCCGCCGACAACGACGUCGACCCGCCGCCGCCCCGCGAGGCAGCCGCGGUGACGCCUUCACCGCGCGAGCGGCUGCUGAUCCUGGUCACGACGACGCGACGCGACGACCGGUUCCGAGGUGCGUUCUUGCGGCGGCUGGCGCACACCCUGCGGCUGGUGCCGCCGCCGCUGCUGUGGAUCGUCGUUCAGGCGAGCGAGGAUGCUGGUGCCACAGCAGCUAUGCUGCGGAACACCGGUGUCAUGUACAGGCAUUUGACCUUUAAGGAGAACUUUACCGACCCGGAGGCGGAGGCCGACCACCAGCGGAACGUCGCCCUCAGUCACGUCGAGUACCACCGACUCACUGGGAUCAUUCACUUCGCUGCCGCAUCCAACGUCUACGACCUACAAUUCUUCGAGGAGAUAAGACAUAUCGAGGUUUUUGGGGCAUGGCCAGUAGCAAUGGUAUCUACAAACAGGAAAAGGGUGGUUGUGGAUGGCCCAGUUUGUAACUCAUCAAAGGUACAAGGAUGGAUCUUAGAGGAGUUGAACAAUGACAAUAAGUUGCUGCUCGGUAGUACUGACAAGAGCCAUAAACCCCCCAAAAUAAAUAUUUCUGGCUUUGCAUUCAAUAGCUCAAUAUUGUGGGAUCCUGAGAGGUGGGGGCGCCCUACCUCAUUGCCUGACACAUCACAGGAUUCAAUCAAGUUUGUGCAUGAAGUCAUCCUAGAAGAUGAGACUAAGUUGAAGGGAAUUCCUGCUGAUUGCUCCAGGAUCAUGGUGUGGCACCUUAACAUGCCAAGUGUUCUUACCCUGCCCUUCCAUUCUCAAAACCAAGGUAUUAUUUCAUAAGGUUGGCGACUUUAUAAUUGAGGCUGGUUAGCACAUACAUAUCUCGUUACCAAUGCACUAAGAUGAGAAAUAGAAAGCAAGGAAUCGAUCACCAAUUCUCUUGAAGAACUCUUCGGUGAUUCUGGUAUGAAAAUAUGCUCUUGCAAUAUUUGCUAGUCUCACAUUUGAUGGUGGAAUUUUUCAAUAAAUUAUGUAGGGCAUGAUGCCUUUUUUUUUGGUUGGAAUAGCAAAGUAGGAUUAAAAGGGCACUCCUUUCCCAAUGGCCCCUCAUGCAAGGUUUAUUGUUCAAGAAUUGCCAUUAUGGUGUCCUCUUCUCUGUCUUGUAUCAUAAAUAUGCUGGAGGACCAUCUCUCUUUCAAGAACUGUUAUAAUGCCAAAGAUAUUGAUUGCUCUGCAUGCCUUACCUUUAA